AGCUCGGUAACUUCUUAGGAAAUGUGGUUGUAUAAGGAGUCAAUAUCUUUUUAAAAUGUAUUCAAAUUUUAAUCAAGUGAUCACUGAAAACUUGAAAGGCAAUAUCUCUUUACAAUUCAGUGGUUCGUUCUUAGAGCAAUAACAAUAGCAAUAGCAAAACGCGCGUUGUUUCAUACAACAUCCCGACUAUCAGUGCAAGAACAUGAGCAUGAGCAACACUAUGUCGAUGGAUGCGCGGUUGGAGAGAGCAGCGAGGUGUCGAGAUGUGAAGUUCCUGAAAGAAGCUACGGCUUCUAGGCCACGCGAAUACUUCCUGCGCACAGAAAGUCAGGGAUAUAACAUCUUCCAUGUCGCAGUGCGUGGGUUGGUGAGUAUUCCCUUCAUUGAAGAGUUAGUAGAGAGAUUGCCGAAACAAGACGUACAACUUCUUCUCUCUCAACAAGCAACACCAAGGAAGUGGAAUCCUCUUCAUUUCGCGGCUUUAUGGGGGAGUCUUGAACUGUUACAGCUCCUCCUUAGUGUUUACCCAUCAUCAUUGUCGUCGUCGUCGUCAUCAUCGUCAUCUGAAGAGAGACCAUGGUUAGCUCGCGCUACUGAUGGCCGAACUCCAUUGCAUUCAUUCCUUGAAUAUAAUGAAGAGAAAUGUGGAUUGGAAAUAUUGUCAAGGGAUCUUAGAGCAUUUUGUGGAAUAGUUGAAGGUUGUGGUAACAGUCUUCUCUAUCAUGCAGUGAAUAGAGGUUUUAGCAGAUUUGCUCUUAAGAUCUUGAAAUCCAAUUAUUCUUUCAGCGUUAGAGGCCUGUAUAGCUACAAUCCCAUUCAUGUUAUGGCCAGAUGCUCAGAAGAGGUGUGGAAGUUGUUGUACAAUAAGUACCCAGAAAUGCUGCACGUAAGAAUUGAAGACGAGACCACGGUGAUCCAUGUGUGGGCAAAGGAAGGCGCUUUACGACCACUUCUAUCGCUAGAAAAGACUAUUGACAAUAACUCUCUUAAGAAUUUGUGCCGAUUAGAGAACAGUUAUGGUGACACCCCUCUACACAUUGCAAUUGAGCAUGAAAAACAAGAUUUUGCAUUGUGUCUUGUGGAGAUAUGUGGGACAUUAGAUCCCCCGCUAUGGCAGUGCAAGAGUCAUUCUGGAGUUACACCAAUAGACUUGGCGCUGGAUAAGUGUUGGGAAAAUCUAGUUGUGCAUUUUAUUUCUAACUAUUCUUGGUCAUAUAAAGAGACUAAUGAUUGUUGGAAGAGGCGGCUUAGCAUUGCUAUUGAGAAAGGAAUGCAUAAAGUUGCAGAAUAGAUUUGCAGUAAUGUUGAUUUACAAUUGAUGGUUGGUGAAUUCGUCGCACAAUCUAGCAAUCUCACAGAAAAAUCUAAUGCUCAGAAUGUCUUGCACUUCAUGCUGCUUUGCCCAGAACAUAUAUGGAGAUUGUUAUACCAAAAAAAUCCAGAAAUCAUACAUGUAACCGGCGAAAACGGAACCUCGAUACUCCAUGAAUGGGCAAAAAAAGGCGAACUAUGGCCGCUUCAACUGCUAGAAGAAGUUAGCAUCAAGUCUCUGGAGAAGUUAAGCCUUUUAGCAGAUGACAAUGGUGAUAUUCCACUACAUGUUGCCAUCAAGCAUGAUAAUGAAGAGUUUGCUUUAUUCCUUGUGGUGAAAUUAUGUAGGAUACAAGAGCCCCAUCAUUUGUGGCGACAGGAGAAUAAUGAUGGGUUUAUACCUUUUGAUUUGGCGCUACAUCAUCAUUUGGAAAAUGUAGUGUUGCAUAUCAUAGCAAAGGAUCCUUGGACAUAUAAAGAGCGUAGUAGUAGAGGAGAGAGUCGACUAUUCAUCGCUGUUGAAAAUGGAAUGGAUCAAGUUGUGCAAAAUAUUUGUGGUUAUGUUGCUGCAAACUCCACGCGAUUGAUUAUUCCCACUGCAAAUGACGAUGGUCGAACAAUCAUGUAUGUACUUUCAAAUUGCACAGAGACGACUGCCAAGUUAUUGUUGAAAACAUUUCCACAUCUAAUCACCGAGCUUGACCAGAAUGGAAAGAGACCUAUUGAUAUAGCAUCAGAAUUUGGUGUUGGAUGGCUUACAAAACUAUUGAUAACAAAAGACCCUUCCUCAAUCGCAAUUUCGCCGAAUGUUUGGAUUGAAUUAUGCAAGAGAGGUCACUUAGAAGCUAUUGAAGCUUUUAUAAUACAUUACGAUGAUUUUAGACAGCUUUGUAUAGAGCAAGAAGAGUCACCCUUACACUGCAUCAAACUGACUACUUAUCAAGACUAUGAGAAAUUUCUAGCAAUCCCAUUGAUUUGGGAGAUGAAAAAUAGACGUGAUUAUGAUGGUAAAACACCUUUGCAUCGAGCACUUGAACGUGAAGAUAUACUAUUUGCAGAAGUACUACUCCAAAAAGGCGUUAAUCGCAGUAUCAGAGACAAACGACGUAAAACAGCUACAAAGUUGCUAGCACAACUAUGUGACCAAUAUUACGAGUGGGAGGAGAUGUCUCAACGCGUUGGGAUCAAUCCACGGCUAAGAAAUUUGGGAUCAUCAGCGGGUGAAAUGCGAACUACAUUAUCAGUUGUGGCAGCUCUUUUGGCAACCCUAACAUUCGCAGCAGCAUACACAGUCCCUGGAGGAUUUGACCAAAACAGUGGAGAAAUCAUCCUAGUAAAGAAGAAAUCUUUUAUAGUAUUUAUACUUGCUGACACUUACGCAAUGUGUUGUGCCAUGUUCGUGUUAUUCUGCCUCAUAUGGUCUAUGGUUUGCGAUGAAGAUGAAUCACAGCUAUUGAUUGAUCGAAGUGUGCUCGUACUUGUUCAGUCUUUUUAUGGCACAUUGGUUGCGUUUAUGACUGGAGUAUACACUGUCAUGCACCAUAAGUCAUUAUUUGCUGCCAUUCUAAUCUGCGUCAUGUGCUCACUUGUCGCGAUUUCAUCAAAUAGGAGUAUCUUGUUUAGAGUACUUGAUAAGUUAGAUAAAAAAGAUGAAGCUCGAAUCAAAAAUAAGGCAGAUUUGGGAAGAAGUAGAGGUCAAGCUCACGGGACGACAACGAUUUUGCUUAAGGGGAAAUGCGGGCGGAAACUCGAAGAGAAGUGACCCUCUUGAAAAUGUGUAAAUCAAUUUGUGAUAACAGGAAAAGAGAAAAAGUUCCAGUUUUGGUAGUGAUAUAGAUAUAUGUAUAUAAUAUGUACUCACGUUAUUAAUAUAUAGUUUAUGCAUUGUCUCGAACCAUCA